AGCUAUCAAGAACCAUGUCUGAGGGUGUCGUCAGAAAAAUCCAACCCUUUACCAUUGGGACCAGGCUGUCUGUCCCCUCCGAAGCCAAAUGCCAGGAGUUCGUAGACGUCUGUCUGCCGAAGUCUGCUGCUCCGAACAAGUUGGAGCUACAGAACAACCUACAUGACCAAAUGUCCCUUUACAUGGGCCAGUCCCAGGGGUGGCCUGGGACUGGGAACUCAGAACUCCCACAACUGGCCGCCCAGAUCGACGCUUCAACUCUAGAGGGACAUCAGGAUGAGAGAGUGGAGGAGGACAGGAAUUCUGUGUCCCCCACUGCGUCCUCCAGGUCCAUCAGGAAGAUCGCUAUUUGCCGGAACGCCGAGACGGUCCCCGACAUGUCCCUGUGUGACUCUGACCUGGCCACCUCAGUCAGGUCCACAUCGGAGACCAUCCGAAGCAACAACAACAGUGUUCACCCAAAACCGCCCUCCUUGAUGGUAGAGGACGACUUGGAGAAGAGGUCCAACUCUCAGUCUAAGGUAACCUUGGAUUGCAGUUGUUUUAUUCAUUGUGUCUCACAUGUUAUUGAGUUGGGAUAGGCUACAAGCCAUGGUGAAUGUCUCAACCAGUGUUGUUAUGGACAUUUGUUUUGUUUCUGUUAGUUAAUGUAACCAGUGUUAACCAUUCUCAAGCUUUCUGAAAGCAAAUUCAUUGACUUGUUUACUCUAAAGAGAGUAAGAGCCAAAAGGCAAUAGGAGGAUUGGGAAUUAAAUCCAUAACCACAAAACCCAGUGUUAGUAAUGUUUUGUUUUUCUCCCUCAUUUCACAUACUAUGUAAUGCUCUCAUUACGUAAUAGUGUUUUUUCACAUACUAAUAAUUACUGAAUUUGCGGUUACUGACUAAGCUGAGUAACAACAUCAGAAUCUUUCCGUUGGACGCCUUCCACCCUGCAACACAAGAUAUAUAUAUAUAUAUUUUUUGCAUGUUACCAAAAGCCACACGACAUAAACACCACCAUAACGUGCAUUGUUCCAACAUUAAACCCUCCACACACACACACACACACACACACACACACACACACACACACACACACACACACACACACACACACACACACAAUGUGUGCACUAUUACCUCAGUGUUGCAUUAUCCCCACUGUACUCUCGAGCUAUGAGAUCAUCAGCAGGCUUUCAUUAAGCAAGGCAAAAGGCCACGUUUCGAAUGAACUUGUUAUUUCCACAGAAUAAAUGACUCGAAAUUCCAUAAUUGAAGGGGUUGCGUGAUGAAAAUAGCAAUCAGGCACAUUGCGUUGGUGGAUAAAAUGAUGCCGAACUGAAGUUAUACCUGUGAUUAAGUGUUUCUCCAGAUCCACAGCUGGCAAACGGGUUAUUUCAAUCUUUGUGAGUGCCUUUCAGAAUUUAAGGGGCUCCCGAUAGUAUUUAAUGGUGACAUUGAACAACUAUUUUGAAAUAUAAAUCCUUAAGUUCCACACCAGUGGCACAAGCAUGCCAAAAUAAGCUUACAGAUAAGGAAGAUAGUGUACUUACUAUCACGUACCAUGUUAAGAUGCAUAUUUUAGCAUGAUACAGUGGGGGAAAAAAGUAUUUAGUCAGCCACCAAUUGUGCAAGUUCUCCCACUUAAAAAGAUGAGAGAGGCCUGUAAUUUUCAUCAUAGGUACACGUCAACUAUGACAGACAAAAUGAGAAAAAAAUUCCAGAAAAUCACAUUGUAGGAUUUUUUAUGAAUUUAUUUGCAAAUGAUGGUGGAAAAUAAGUAUUUGGUCAAUAACAAAAGUUUCUCAAUACUUUGUUAUAUACCCUUUGUUGGCAAUGACACAGGUCAAAUGUUUUCUGUAAGUCUUCACAAGGUUUUCACACACUGUUGCUGGUAUUUUGGCCCAUUCCUCCAUGCUGAUCUCCUCUAGAGCAGUGAUGUUUUGGGGCUGUCGCUGGACAACACGGACUUUCAACUCCCUCCAAAGAUUUUUUAUGGGGUUGAGAUCUGGAGACUGGCUAGGCCACUCCAGGACCUUGAAAUGCUUCUUACGAAGCCACUCCUUCGUUGCCCGGGCGGUGUGUUUGGGAUCAUUGUCAUGCUGAAAGACCCAGCCACGUUUCAUCUUCAAUGCCCUUGCUGAUGGAAGGAGGUUUUCACUCAAAAUCUCACGAUACAUGGCCCCAUUCAUUCUUUCCUUUACACGGAUCAGUCGUCCUGGUCCCUUUGCAGAAAAACAGCCCCAAAGCAUGAUGUUUCCACCCCCAUGCUUCACAGUAGGUAUGGUGUUCUUUGGAUGCAACUCAGCAUUCUUUGUCCUCCAAACACGACGAGUUGAGUUUUUACCAAAAAGUUCUAUUUUGAUUUCAUCUGACCAUAUGACAUUCUCCCAAUCCUCUUCUGGAUCAUCCAAAUGUACUCUAGCAAACUUCAGAUGGGCCUGGACAUGUACUGGCUUAAGCAGGGGGACACGUCUGGCACUGCAGGAUUUGAGUCCCUGGCGGCGUAGUGUGUUACUGAUGGUAGGCUUUGUUACUUUGGUCCCAGCUCUCUGCAGGUCAUUCACUAGGUCCCCCCGUGUGGUUCUGGGAUUUUUGCUCACCGUUCUUGUGAUCAUUUUGACCCCACGGGGUGAGAUCUUGCGUGGAGUCCCAGAUCGAGGGAGAUUAUCAGUGGUCUUGUAUGUCUUCCAUUUCCUAAUAAUUGCUCCCACAGUUGAUUUCUUCAAACCAAGCUGCUUACCUAUUGCAGAUUUAGUCUUCCCAGCCUGGUGCAGGUCUACAAUUUUGUUUCUGGUGUCCUUUGACAGCUCUUUGGUCUUGGCCAUGGUGGAGUUUGGAGUGUGACUGUUUGAGGUUGUGGACAGGUGUCUUUUAUACUGAUAACAAGUUCAAACAGGUGCCAUUAAUACAGGUAACGAGUGGAGGACAGAGGAGCCUCUUAAAGAAGAAGUUACAGGUCUGUGAGAGACAGAAAUCUUGCUUGUUUGUAGGUGACCAAAUACUUAUUUUCCAUCAUAAUUUGCAAAUAAAUUCAUAAAAAAUCCUACAAUGUGAUUUUCUGGAAUUUUUUUUCUCAAUUUGUCUGUCAUAGUUGACGUGUACCUAUGAUGAAAAUUACAGGCCUCUCUCAUCUUUUUAAGUGGGAGAACAUGCACAAUUGGUGGCUGACUAAAUACUUUUUUCCCCCACUGUAUACAUUUGAAGUAAACAGGUAAAUUAAGUUAGAUGUUUUUACAGACAACAGUCCCAUGGUUACAGUUUUCAAUGCUGAGCAUGCAACUUGCAAAAAGACAGUAGGAGAAAAAAAGGAACUGGAACAGCGAAAAGAGGAGCAAUUAUUUUGAGAUGAGAUCAUGGUUUUGGCUCUCUUCGCUCCUCAUCUCGGCCCUGUGUAGGUGGGCUGGCUGAGUCACACAAAGCCUGCGUUAUCUCAUCGCAGUGUUUAGUACACAACUUACAUUAUUCACCAGGUUGAGUAUAGCUCUUGGGGUGAGUUUGUGUGCAUCUGUCUGUACAUUGCCCUGUUUCUCAUGAUAAUGUCUACAUCUCUUGAAGUUUUCAACUUUUCAAGUACCCAAGACUAAAUAGACACUUGUUCAGAGACUUGGCACAUUGUUUAUAGCCAGACUACAGGGGCAUUCAGUUUUUAGGUCUUUUGUAGCCUACCUGUGGCUGGAACUUCCAAGGCACAUGGAAAUCUUGCAACAUGGUGAAACCUGUGCAACAGGCCUUACAGUGGUACGUUAUUAUCAAACAUUAGGCUCAUAUACACGCAUCAUCAUGCAUUAUAACUGCAAGCUUUAAGUAAACUUUUACCAAAGUUUGUAUUUCACUGCAGAAAAUACAGUACAUUGCGUUCCAGGAAAACAAACAUCUGUCUAAGAUGAAAACCAGGCAGGCCUAACAAGUUUCAGAUUAUUGUGGAGACUUUAGGGAACCAGCAGCAGGUUGCUCCAUGAUUUAGCUACAUACAGUGGUGAUGUAAGAGGUCUCGGAAAGAUAAUAUUCAUCAUUCAACGGUCUGCAUGAGGUCAUCAGUACAGAAUGCAUCGGCAUGGCAAAGAGAGAACGGAGACAGACAGGGAAAGGUUCCACGAACUUAAGGUUAUGAAACCGCAAAGAUGGAGACGGAGUAGUGCUCUGCAGCUUGCAGAAAAUGAUUAAUUGCAAAGUAGCAGAAGUAAAUGAUUCACCUAUACAGUGAAAUUAAUGUAUCGCCUGUUGUGAUUUCACAGCUGUGGCAAAAAAUACAUUACUUUCACAUUUGUAUGUUACAAAUACUGAUAACCAUCUGUAUAAUGUAUGACCACGCUCAUAGUGCAGUAAAACACUUGCGAUAACCAUUCAUAGCAUAUCAUGGGUACUUUUAAAAGCACUUAUAAAUGAAAAACAGCUACAUGGAUCCCUGUAACAGCCUAUGUACUGCAAAUGCUUAAAUGGCCAUACAGAAAUCCUUUGUAAUGCAUUACACACACGUGGUUCAGAUAUAUACUGAACAAAAAUAUAAACGCAACAUGCUACAAUUUCAAAGAUUUUACUGAGAUACAAUUCAUAAAAGGAAAUGUGUCAAUUUAAAUACAUUCGUUAGGCCCUAAUCUAUGGAUUUCAUAUCACUGGGAAUACAGAUAUGCAUCUGUUGGUCACAGAUACCUUAAGAAAAAAGGUUGGGGCGUGGAUCAGAAAACCAGUCAGUAUCUGGUGUGACCACCACUUGCCUCAUGCAGCGCAACACAUCUCCUUCGCAUAGAGUUGAUCAGGCUGUUGAUUAUAGCCUGUGGAAUGUUGUCCCACCCCUCUUCAAUGGCUGUGUGAAGUUGCUGGAUAUUGGCGGGAACUGGAACACGCUGCAUCCCAAACAUGCACAAUGGGUGAGUAUGCAGGCCAUGGAAGAACUGGGACAUUUUUAGCUUCCAGGAAUUGUGUACAGAUCCUUGUGGAAUGGGGCCGUGCAUUAUCAUGCUGAAACAUGAGGUGACGGCCGCAGAUGAAUGGCACGACAAUGGGCCUCAGGAUCUCGUCACGGUAUCUCUGUGCAUUCAAAUUGCCAUUGAUAAAAUGCAAUUGUGUUCAUUUUCCAUAGCUUAUGCCUGUCAAUACCAUAACCCCACCGCCACCAUGGGGCACUCUUUCACAUCAGUCAUACACGUUGUCUGCGGUUGUGAGGCCAGUUGGACGUACUGCCAAAUUCUCUAAAACGGCGUUGGAGGCAUUCCUGCAGUCAGCAUGCCAAUUGCAUGUUCCCGCAAAACUUCAGACAUCUGUGGCAUUGUGUUGUGUUUCAAAACUGCACAUUUUAGAGUGGCCUUAUUGUCCCCAGCACAAGGUGCACCUGUGUAACGAUCAUGAUGUUUAAUCAGCUUCUCGAUAGCCACACCUGUCAGGUGGCUGGCUUAUCUUAGCAAAGGAGAAAUGCUCACUAACAGGGAUGUAAACACAUUUGUGCACAACAUUUGAGAGAAAUAAGCUUUUUGUGCGUAUGGAACAUUUCUGGGAUCUUUCAUUUCAGCUCAUGAAACAUGGGACCAACAAUUUAGAUGUUGUGUUUAUACUUUUGUACAGUACCAGUCAAAAGUUUGGACACACCUAAUCAUUCAAGGGUUUUUCUUUAUUUUUAGUGUGCAAAGCUGUCAUCAAGGCAAAGGGUGGCUACUUAAAAGAAUCUCAAAUAUAAAAUAUAUUUUCAUUUGUUUAACACUUUUUUGGUUACUACAUGAUUCCAUAUGUGUUAUUUCAUAGUUUUGAUGUCUUCACUAUUAUUCUACAAUGUAGAAAAUAGUAAAAAUAAAGAAAAACCCUUGAAUGAGUAGGUGUGUCCAAACUUUUGACUGGUACUGUAUAUUUGUAUGUAUACAGUACCAGGGACUUAUUCAUCUUGUUUACAGACCAGCGUGGAAUUGAACUAACUGUCCAAUGAGAAAUGUAAGGAAUGGGAGCUAGAAUCAUAUUUUUUAUUCUAUCACUUAUUUUUAAUUUAUUUGUGCAAUUGUGAAACAUAAGAAUUAUGAGUACCACUAGAGACAGGCUUGCAAUUAUCUCUCAGUGCACCUGCAAUGCUUGCAAUUUGACAUGUGUGUAAAUAAUAUUGGGAAAUAUAAAAGAAUGUAUUUCAUGAUAUAUUGCAGUUUUACUUUGUAACAAAUGACUAUCAAUAAUAGUAUAUUUACUCAUUUUUGCUUGCUCUCUACCAGAUGUUUAAUCCCAGGCUCCAAACUGUUUAGUUAGCCAAACACUGCCAGACCUAAGUCAGUAUUCCAGUAUAUUUUCAUAUACUUCUUUCAGUAUAUUUUCUGUAUUUUUAAACAAUAAUCGCCUCACUAAAGGCACAGUAUAGUAUGCAUAUACUCAUCAAAUGUCUUCAUGUCAUCAUGGAUGGAUGCUUUAUUGAAAGAGCAAAUCUGCUAAAGUAAACAUCCCUUGAGCAAAUUUCGUAUCAACUUGAUUUUAAGGACCUGUGAUUUCUCAAUGGUGUUUCUAUACAGGUAGACUCUUGGUUCAAGAGGAAGCUUUGGGAUCUGAAGUAUGGCUGUAGUGUCCUUGGAUGUCCUUCGCAGGGCCCAGAGGACGCAUCUCCGACCCAACAGCGAGACCUCAAGGACAUUGAGAAUUCCCUCAUACAGAUGACGAGAAGUCUGGAUGUCAAACAGGUUUGUUCUUCAAUUAAUAAAUCAAUGUGUAGUGCUCAAAGGCCCAUGAUGUGAUAAAGCUCAUAAUUCAGUGUUUCUCAAUACAUACAAAACAUUUUGUUCUAGCCCAGCACUCACACCUGACUCAACUAAUCAACUGUUAAGUUAGCCAUUCAGUAGUUGAAUCCGGUGUGUUGGUGCUGGGCUUGAACGAAAAUGUGCACCCUGUAAUGGAUAAAGAAACGUCAUUAUGUCGUGGUCCUUUAUGCACUACAUAUUGACUACAUUUACUUCAUACAAUACUGUACUGUAUCCACAUACAUGCCCUCAAGUGUCAGAACCAUGCAUUGAGUAUACUGGUUCACAGGUUUUUCCUUUAUAAUGACCUCUAUAGGAUGGACAUCCGUACGAGACGCUUGACGUGGAGACCGACAACAAGGGAGAGAAGAGGAAGAGACUACAACAGAUAGAAGGCAACACAAUCCCUUCUAGAGAGAACACAGUUAACCAAACGUAGGUCCCAUUUUUUACUGUCCGAGCAGCAAGAUAUAUCAGUAACACCUUACUUUAAUUAACAAAUAAAGCAAUAACAGUAAGGCACGAGAGGCCCCUAAGCUGGGAUAUAUUAAUGAUAAAUCAUGGCCACUCGUGCUUUAUUGCUUUAUUAUAGUUUACUUCGAUUUUUCUAUGACUAGUCUACAUAUACUUUGUCCUUGGUGCUAUGGAUGUAUAUUUGUUAUGGCUACCGUUAACAUGUUGUUUUCCUGACUACUACUAUGUAACUACAGCUUUCCAUGUUAUGUAACAGUAAUUGGUCUGACUUGAAUUACUUCCACAUCCAUCUUGGAUUUCAAGUCAUAUCUGGGAAUUUGACCCCAUUGUGAUCCCAUUGCCAAAGCACUGAAUUAGAUACUGUAUCUCUUUAGUAGCUGGCUGAGGUUCCAGUCACUGUUAAGAAACUAUCACCAAGACCUCAAACUGGCUCUGGACGUCUCCUCCUUCUACCAACAGGCUGACAACAUCAUCUGCACCAUCAACAGGAAGGUAAAAAGGCAGAAUAGGAAUUUGGACAAGAGUCCUAUUUUGCACCAGUGAUCCUUUAAAGGUACAAUCUGCAAUAUUUACAUGCUGUUAAAUGUUUAUUUCAUUUGAUUGAUUCUUGAAGACUAUAUGCGCCAUGAGCUUAGUACAACUGUCCCCAUCAUAACAUCAUAACCCAAAAUAUAAGAUUGUUUUACAACAUUGUUUAUGUCUUUGUUAUCAUUUGAAUGUUAUGUGGAAAUGCGGUCCCAAGGCUCUGCAGAUUAUCAUUGUUUUGUAAUGACACGUUAUUACACAUGAUUAUUAUCAUUAGAUUGACUCUAUAUUAUUUUGUUUGUUUGGUAGAGAAGUGUCCUGCCUGGAUCAGAUAACCAGGGGAGCUGCAGUCAGACAGAGAUCUACAAUAUUGGCAGCCAAAUCAUGGUGCGUGGCACAUGGGGAAGAAUGUAGCUAAAAAUAAUUAAUACAUUUAUGGUGAAAUGCAGUAAUGCAUCAUUCAUACAUCAGGGUUGUGUUGAAUUCCAUUUCAAGUGAAAUUCUAGUAAUUAAAAACAGUUCUCAUUGAAAAUAUGACCAACAUAAAUUGUUCUCCAAUAUGAAUUGAAUUUCACUAUUUCAAAGGGAAUGCACUACAACUGUAAUGUUUUUAAAGGAAUGCACUACAACUGUAAUGUAUGGUCUAAGCACAUGCUCAGUACUCAAGCCUACUUCAAUCCUAAGUAGAGAGAAACACAGAGAAACUAUCACAAGACAGUGAAACUUAACACUAUAAUCUAGAGUACUUUUUCCUAGACCUUCUCUGGAUCUUUUUGGGGGGUUUCCCCGUUAACCAUAGAAGAAGCCUUCUGUGACGUGAUGUUAUACUUCUGUGUUCCAUCUAAACAUAGCCAAAUUAAUUGUGUAAUUUCCUUCCACUGCCCCCAUCCCCUCCCUCGACCACACUCUCUUCAGAUGCUGAACGAGACUGUUUCACGCCUUUCGGACCUCCAUCCUACCCUGGCUGCCAGAGUGACACGGAAGCAGGCUGAGGUGCAGGAGAGCUGGGGCCUUCUCCAGGAGGCUUUU